GGCGGGGCUCCGCGGGGUCCUUAUCCGUCGGCGAUCCUUGGAGGAGCGGAAGCAGGCAACAGAGAAGCCGCGGGUCGAGGCGCGGGCGCUUCCGGGGCCACUGAGGGAAAGGGGCCUCCCCAGAGUCGCGGAGCGGUGGGCAGAGCUGCGCAGGAAUCUGAGCCCGUAACCCCAGAGACCGGACACCUUCCUGCCACUCUUGGAAAGCAGCUCUUAAGAUCUUUGCAGAUUAUCUUCUGGGCAAACAUGCCUAAAGUCAAAAGAAGCCGCAAAGCCCCUCCGGACGGCUGGGAGUUGAUAGAGCCCACGCUGGAUGAAUUGGAUCAGAAGAUGAGAGAGGCGGAAACAGAGCCCCACGAAGGGAAGCGGAAGGUGGAGUCUCUGUGGCCCAUCUUCAGGAUCCACCACCAGAAGACCCGCUACAUCUUCGACCUCUUUUACAAGCGGAAAGCCAUAAGCAGAGAACUCUACGAGUAUUGUAUUAAAGAAGGCUACGCGGACAAAAACCUGAUUGCGAAGUGGAAGAAGCAAGGUUACGAGAAUUUGUGCUGCCUGCGGUGCAUUCAGACACGGGACACCAAUUUUGGGACGAACUGCAUUUGCCGGGUUCCCAAGAGCAAGCUGGAAGUGGGUCGCAUCAUCGAGUGCACGCACUGUGGCUGCCGGGGCUGUUCUGGCUGAGGCCCUUGGACUCUGGACCCUGCGGUUCCUGCCUUUUAUGCCGCCUGCUUGCUGGGGGCUGCUCUUGCAGAGCAGUGCGCCAGGCCCCAGUGGGAGCGCAGCCUCUAGAGGCGAGGGCUUCGGGGAAUCAGCUGUGAUUUGUAAAAAUAAACCUUUUAACCUCUUGG